AUGUCAACUGUUCGUCAGUCAAUGCGUCUUGCUAAAAAGCGAGCCACUGUUAAUAGUGGUGAUCGAAGACAAUCAAAAUUGAUUGCAAAUCAACAAGAAAAAGAAAUUGAACAGCAUCGUAGUCAACGAUCAUACAGUAGAAGACGUACAACAGUAAAGAAAGAGGAGAAAAAAGAACAUGUUGAUGAUGAGACAAUAGAUAAAUCAGAUUCUAUAGUUAUUAUUAAUCGUGCUCCAGUUUUAACUCUUUGGUCAGCUUUAGUAGCAAAAAAACUCUACGGUAUACGAUGGGAAAAUGCAUUGACUAUUGGACGACGAUUAGCUGGACUGUUAGCACAAUCAAAUUCACACCGCAUUAAAUGA